AUGGCGGACAGUAAAGCGACAAAAUAUCCAUUGGGCUCGCCGCAAGAGCAUAUUGAAAUGUGUGAAUUUCACGAAUUGCCUAUUGAUAUGAUAUGUGAGGACUGUGAUAAAUUUAUUUGUGCUGAGUGUGCCAAAACAGAUCAUAGAAAUCAUGAUUGGAAAACUCUUCCAACUGCAGCUAGCCUAAGGAGGAGGGGUCUGCUUAACUUUAUGAAGAAAAUCAAGGAAGAAGAUUUUUCUGGGAUUGACGAGAAGAUAGUGAAGAUGUCAAAACAAGUCAUAGGAAAUAAAAAACUUUGUGACUGUGAGAUUAAAAAACUACAGAAGCAUUAUGAUGAGAUAAUGGCCAGACUGACAGUUAUAAAAAAACACCAUGAACAAACAUUGAGAGGUAAUUUAGUUAAAAUUAAUGAUCAACUGAACCAUGUGAAAUCUGAGUUAGAAAAGAAGAAACGAAGAAUUAUUGACACUGUGGAAUUCUUGGAGGAGAGCAACAGCACCAUGUCAGAUUACAGCUUGAUUGACAACCACAGAGAACUGACAAAAAUGCUGUCUGAAUUGGAGGUUCCUAUAAAAAAUUAUGAAUAUUCAGUGACGUACACAAGAGGUGAGAUAAACGAGGACUUAAUUGAGUCUUUGGUUGGAAGAAUUACUUUAGAUUUAGAUUGCAUUGAUGUGACUCAGAUUAACUCAUUUCAAUAUGGAGAUAAUAUAAUAGUUGUGUUAGAGACAGUCAGUGAAGAGGAAUGUUACAUAAGAGAAUUUAAAUCAAAAUAUAUAGAAAAGGUCAACAAUCAAGGUGCCAAAAGAGGAAAAAUUAGUCUCACUCCUAAUGACAUGUGUGCGACUGAUAUCGGUGAAGUUUAUUUCAGUGACUUAAGUAAUAAGACCAUCGGCCGUCUGUCACCAUAA